GCGAACCAAACCUAACGAAGAGGGACUACAGGGCAAUCCGUACACCAUUGUAUGCGUCUCCAAACAGAAUGAAGCCCCCCCAGAACUCAAUUCAACACAGACUGAAACCCCCCCUGACUCCGCAGUUGUUGACCCUGCACCACUUGAAACUUCUGCUGAGCCAUCGAUCCUUUCAAAGAGGAAACUGAGCUUGAAGCCCCUUAGUGAACUACCAGCUGCAACUCCUUCCUCAUCUGCGAAUACUGCUGCGCACAAGGACAAUGUUGCGGAACAGCCACUUGCAAACCUACGCCCCAAAAAGCACAAGCCCAGCACUACUUAGUUUGCAGGUUGCACACAUUUUUUGCUAUGGUGGAUUCGCGAGUGCAUUCUUCUAGCGGGGAUUAUAUAUGACUAUGCACAACCUACAUUCUUCCUAUGCCACCUUUUUUGCUGUCCAGCACGAUGUAUAAUUAGCGGAAAGUCGUAGUACUCACGGCAUUUUACUUGCCGCUUAAUUACCCAUAUGUGUGUGAAUGCUCCCUGUAUUAUAUCUUCAGCUACUUUUGCGUGUAUGUUAAUAUUAAUAAGCAACACAUCUUGUAAAUGUUAAGCACCUUGGCUUGCCAGUUGUUGGGAAUGUAUAUAUGCCUGUCUUUGUAUUUCACAAACACUUUUUUAGCCUCCUUAAUUGCUCACACGCAUCAACGACCAAUCAGAAAAGUGUUGCCGCCCUUGCCUAUCCUCGGCUUAAUCCAAAACGCCCUUGCCUAUCCUCGGCUACGGACUAGAAAAACCAAUCCAUCAACACAAAACUUUAGAAUAACCUGUUAUAUUAGCAUUUAUAAGUAAAAUAACAGGUUAUUCGCUUCAUAGCAGUGAAUCUGUUCCAUAUGAUAGAAAUAAUGCUCUUUUGUAAUAGUUUGUAAUAGAACGAAAUUUUAAUGCAUAUUUUAAUGUAUCAAAGUCCAUAAAUUUAGUCGUAUGGGAUUUUGAUGGAUGUGUUUAUUAUUUUGUAAACAUCCCUUGGUCAAUAUGUUUGUUUAAUCUUUCCAUAUUCACUCCACUGUGUGGAUAUCACAGGUCAUGUUAUCCUCUUCUACCUGCAACAUAGAGUAACUUUUGAUUCCUUCUGCCUUGAUUUUUCACAUCCCGGUGUUCUAUGCCGCCUUUCUUUUCAGGUCUCAGAGAAGCCAAGAAUGUCCUAUUUGUUCAAGGAAAGUUGUACUAGAAGAGCCUGCAAGCCAAGAUCUGUUGGUUGUAAUGGAGAGUGAAAAUAAUGCAAGGUCAAGGUACAGUUUGCACUAUGCCCCUGAAAUUCAUGAAAGUGGCAGUAUGGAUUAUGCGGAUGGUUCUGAUUUUGAAGAGAGGAUAAUGCGACGUUUUGCUGCACUUACCAGCAAAGCUCGAUCCAUUAGUAGAAUGAUAAGAAUGACGUCUUCAGGGGUGGUUCUUCCUUCUACACCCACUGAAGCUGGUUCUCAUCUGCAUCACAUAACAGACUACCCAGAAGAGUCUCAAGGAAGAGUUCAUGAAUUUCUUGGGAGUGGUCUACCUCCUUCUAGAACAACAUCUGGCCAAACCACAUCAUUGUCAACCUUUUCAUCUUUAUCAAAUGUAGCCCCUGCUCCUGCAACAGGUGGAGAUGAUUCAACUAAUCAAUGUGAGUCUCCUGAGAGUCCUCAAAGGUCAAGUUCAUCUGAGUUGCUUGCAUUCUCAGAGUCCAUAAAAUAUAAACUCUCUGCUGCUUCAUCCAGGUGAUGGAAAUUUCUGCAUACCAGGGAACAAGAGGGCUCCAAACAUCAUGUCAUUUCAGAUAACCUGCAAGUGUAAUUUUAUGUUUUUCCUUGCACCUGCUUAUAUUUUGGUCAAUGGUUCUACUUGGAUUCUCCGUCAAAUAAAGACCCAUAACUAGGUUCUGUCACACUUAUUUCUUUCCCCUUUAUUUAGUCAUACUUCUCGGGAAUUGGUGACAUAUUUUGCAAAAAUUUAAAUGGUUGAUGAUUGUUCCCAGUGUAAGAUAUGUUUUCUUAAGGUGGCACUUUUUAACAAAUUUGUCCAGAUUAAGAUAUGUUAUCUUCUCC